AUGUCUAUGAUGUUUGACAGCCAAUCAGAUGUCUACUGUACAGUUUGGAAUCAUGGUUUGUUCGAAUGCCUACGAAAUAUUCUCCGAACUCCAGUCUCCUCAAUGUCAGCUGCCACCUUCUACCCCUGUUCUCCAAGCUUCAAAUUCAACCGGGCUACGGGUGAACUGUAUACGCUGUUACCUGUCCCGAAUGACUAG